CUUAUAAAUAUUACUUGAAAAUUGGAACUAUCUCUGAAAGAUAAAUAUUGAUUUAAAAAGAUAGAUAGUUGAUGGUGAGGAGACAACAUCAACAACCUCACAUUAGUAUUGUUUAGUUCCAAAUCACAUUCAUGUUAUGCUCAUUGCAUGUGUAUUGAAGAGGAUGAGAUUCCUCUUGUCCCUUUUACCUUUUUCGGUAUAUAAAUAGGUAGAGCAUAAGCCAAAGGAAAGCAACCAAAUUCUAAUCUUAUUCUAAAGCUAUCAAGUUCUUCUUCUUUCCUUUGAAACAGAAAAAAAUGGCAGCUUACCAUGUUCGCUCCAACAGUUUUCCCUCUAGGCAACACCCUGUCAUUUCUGAGUUCGAUGAGCAGUUGUGCAGAUUGAGGUCUUCUGAAGAAGCCUCUUCAUCAUCAGCCUCUAAACUAAGUGCUCUUCAAGAUCUUCAUGAUUGUGUUGAUACAUUGCUUUCACUGCCUCUAAAUCAACAAGCAUUGUCCAAAGAGCAGAAUCAAAAACGAGUUGAUGCACUUUUGGAUGGAUCUCUUAGACUCUUGGAUCUGUGCAACAAUGUUAAGGAUGCCCUACAACAGACAAAGGAAUCCACACAUGAACUACAAUCAAUUUUGCGCAGAAAGAGAGGAGGCGAAAUGAGUCUCACAAGCGAGAUCAAGAAAUUCUUAGCCUCUAGGAAAGUGGUGAAGAAAACAGUCCUCAAGGCCAUGGAAAACAGAUGCAGCCUCAGUUCCCUUAAAAAAGAACAAGACACCGUUGAGAUUGUUAGCAUGUUGAGACAAGUCGAAUCAAUCACUCUAACUGUUUUUGAAUCAAUGAUUUCCUUCAUCUCUGGAUCAAACUCUCAACCCAAAUCAAUUGGUUGGUCAUUAGUUUCCAAGAUCAUGAACACCAAGAGAGUCUCUUGCGAGGCUACCAACGAAUCCAAUGACUUUGCAAACGCUGAUGUUGUAUUGAAUUUGCUCAUCAGUCAGAAAGUAAAGACAACAGAUAACAAGCUCGAAGAUAAGGUGCAAAACCAACUCCAAAACUUGGAGUUGUGCAUUCAAGAUCUUGAAGAUGGUGUAGAGAGCCUUUACAGGCGUUUGAUCAAAACAAGAGUUGCUAUGCUCAACAUCCUCAACCACUAAUUAGAUUAAAACAAUUAGAUUAUGUAGUCAUACAAUUACACAUACAAUUUUACAUGAAUGUCACAUAGAUUAGUGUA